AUGCCGCCCCCGCGAGCCGCCGCGAUACGUUUGCGUUUGCGGAACACGGUGCUAGCGCAGCGUCACGGCAAACGACUCCACCUCGGCAGUUCAAAGCAGCAAAAGCCGCAGCGUGUCGGUGGUGGAACAUCGACCGGUGGCCAGCGUAAACCCUGGCAGAAAAUGUGGGUGUCCACGAACAAGGUGCUGAUCGGAUCGGUGGGUGGGUUGAAGAAAACGCACUGCCGCAACCCAAACUUUGACUGCGAGGAGACAAAGCUGCUGAUAUCGUUGUGGGGUGACCCACAGGUCCAGCGGACGCUCAUCACCACCCACAAGAAGCACCCGGUCAUCGCGAAGUUGGCGGAAAAGAUGCGCGAGUAUGGCUACAACCGCUCGACGGAGGAGAUCAACACGCGCAUCAAGAACCUAAAGUGUUUCUACAACCGCCUCAAGAAGGACCUCGAGACGGGCGUCAUUAACGAGCCGUCCUGGAAGCACUUUCAGGCGAUGGACGAAAUCCUGACGCGGCCAGUGUUUGGUGGUGGAACAGCAGCGGCCCGGGCCGUGUCGGCGUUUGGAGUGCGGUAUGGAAAGGGGAAACCCUCGGUGGAAGGGGUGAGUGCGGCUGAGCUCGAGGCCGAGCUGGAGUCGGACCAGAUUGAGGUGAAGCUGGAGCUGGUGAGCGAUGAUGAGAAGGAACUGUUACCGGAGGAACUGCUCAAGAAUGCGGAGCAGGUCGAGCUAAAGGAACCAAAUCUGCUGAUCCCGAAGGACGAACCGAUGGAGCAGGAAGAGGAGGACGACCCGAAUGAUCCGGAUUUUGAGGAUGAUGGUGGCAGCGAGACGGAUGAUGAAAGUUCCGGCAUGGAUGAUGCAGACGAGAGUGAAAGAUCCACGCGGAUGCGACGCCGUACGAAGCGCGUGCCAAAGGUAAAAAAAUUCGGAUCAUCCUCUGCUGGUCCUUCGACCAUCACCGGUUCCGUAUCGAACGUUUCGAUCGCAUCCAGCAGCGCUCCACCGGUGCCUGGUACGAUUAAGAUCAUCAACUACUCCGGUGGUUCGAACUUGAACCUAGCUUCGGUCGCUAAAAUGGCCAGCGUGGCUUCUUCGGUGCCGUCCUCCAUCGGGAUCACGACGUUGGCCGGUGGUUCUACCACAACCACAACACCUAGCAAAAUAUCGCUCGUACCAACGAACUUUCUGCUCAAACCGCAAUCGUCCACGCUGGGUUUCAAACAGCCGAUUCAGCUCUACACCAAACCGACCGUUUCCAUGGCAACAAGCAAACCGACGCCUGAUCUACAGCCGAUCGUGACCGUUAGUGCGAGUGGAACGAAUGUUAGCUCCUCAGGAACACCAGGCGCCCCCAUGAAGCUGCUGUUGGUCAACACACUCCCGAAAGACGGGACGGCACCGAAACAACAGCUUAUCACACAAUCGUCAGCGAAACAGAUCUACACCACGUCGACGGGAGUGUCCUUGCAGGGUACCUCACACGUGUCGGGACUCCCGCAGAUCAGCAUCCAACCGAAGCAACUACUGACAGGUACGACAGCUACCAGGACGCUUGGUGGGACAUUCCUUCAAUCAGCGACACAACGGCCAACUCUAAAGGCUCCACCGAAAAUGGGCGGAUUCAAGGCACUCCUUCAACAGCUGGUCGGUUUGCAGCGUGAAAAUUUAGGCAUCACUAAAACGCGCCUGGUGGCGGAACGUGAACGCUUACGAAACGAGAAGUCUGUCGCUAAUUCGCUGUUGGACGCGCUUGGUGAACUUAAUGGAUUGCUGAUGGAAGUGAACGCGGAUAUUCCCGGCGGGGCUGGCAAAUUGGUCGAAGAUAUGUCGGAUGAUAGCAGCCCAGGACCUCGCAGUCCACGAAGAUCCUUUAGCCGCUCGAGACAGCAAUCGCGGAUGGUUCUGCACCCAGUGGUCGAUGACGACGACAACGUGAAGGCGGAAAUCAUCAGUGACUCAGAAGAGGGAUAGAGCAUGUAAAGCAAAUAGAGAAUCUAUUUGGGACGGGCUGAUUGGGGGCGGUUGCAAAUA